AUGUGUCUAUCCUUUCAAUGUGUCUAUCCUUUCAAUGUGUCUAUCCUUUCAAUGUGUCUAUUCUUUCAAUGUGCCUAUCCUUUCAAUGUGUCUAUCCUUUCAAUGUGUCUAUCCUUUCAAUGUGUCUAUUCUUUUAAUGUGUCUAUCCUUUCAAUGUGUCUAUCCUUUCAAUGUGUCGUGUCUAUCCUUCAAUGUGUCUAUUCUUUCAAUGUGUCUAUUCUUUCAAUGUGUCUAUUCUUUAAUGUGUCUAUCCUUUCAAUGUGUCUAAAACUUUCAAUGUGUAUCCUUCAAUGUGCCUAUCCUUUCAAUGUGUCUAUUCAUUUCAAUGUGUCUAUCCUUUCAAUGUGUCUAUCCUUUCAAUGUGUCUAUUCUUUCAAUGUGUCUAUGUCUUUCAAGUCUAUAUCCUUUCAAUUUAUUUCUAUUCUUUCAAUGUGUCUAUCCUUUCAAUGUGUCUUUCAAUCCUAUUCUUUCAAUGUGUCUAUCCUUUCAAUGUCUAUCCUUUCAAUGCCUUUCAAUCUCUUCAAUGUGCCUAUCCUUUCAAUGUGUCUAUCCUUUCAAUGUGUCUAUCCUUUCAAUGUGUCUAUCCUUUCAAUGUGCCUAUCCUUUCAAUGUGUCUAUCCUUUCAAUGUGUCUAUUCUUUCAAUGUGUCUAUCCUUUCAAUGUGUCUAUCCUUUCAAUGUGUCUAUCCUUUCAAUGUGUCUAUCCUUUCAAUGUGUCUAUUCUUUCAAUGUGCCUAUUCUUUUAAUGUGUCUAUGCCCAUCUUUCAAUAUUCCUUUCAAUGUGCCUAUCCUUUCAAUGUGUCUAUCCUUUCAAUGUGUCUAUCCUUUCAAUGUGUCUAUCCUUUCAAUGUGUCUAUUCUUUCUAUUCUUUCAAUGUGUCUAUCCUUUCAAUGUGUCUAUCCUUUCAAUGUGUCUUUAUUCUUUCAAUGUGCCUAUUCUUUUUAUCCUUUCAAUGUGUCUAUCCUUUUCAAUGUGCCUAUCCUUUCAAUGUCUAUCUAUUCUUUCAAUGUCUAUCUUUUUCAAUGUCUAUUCUUUAAUGUGCCUAUCCUUUCUAUGUGUCUAUCCUUCAAUGUGUCUAUCCUCAAUCUAUUCUUUCAAUGUGUCUAUCCUUUCAAUGUGUCUAUUCCUUUCAAUGUAUUCAAUGCCUUUAAUGUGUCUAUCCUUUCAAUGUCCUCAAUUCUAUUCUUUUAAUGUCCUAUCCCUAUCCUUUCAAUGUGUCUAUUUCAAUGUGAUGUGCCUAUCCUUUCAAUGUGGCUAUCCUUUCAAUGUGUCUAUUCUUUCAAUGUGUCUAUCCUUUCAAUGUGUCUAUUCUUUCAAUGUGUCUAUUCUUUUAAUGUGUCUAUCCUUUCAAUGUGCCUAUCCUUUCAAUGUGUCUAUCCUUUCAAUGUGUCUAUCCUUUCAAUGUGUCUAUCCUUUCAAUGUGCCUAUUCUUUUAAUGUGUCUAUCCUUUCAAUGUGCCUAUCCUUUCAAUGUGUCUAUUCUUUCAAUGUGUCUAUCCUUUCAAUGUGUCUAUCCUUUCAAUGUGUCUAUCCUUUCAAUCAAUGUCUCUUUAUUCCUUCAAUCUUUCAAUGUCUAUCCUUUCAAUGUGCCUAUCCUUUCAAUGUGGCUAUCCUUUCAAUGUGUCUAUUCUUUCAAUGUGUCUAUCCUUUCAAUGUGUCUAUUCUUUCAAUGUGCCUAUUCUUUUAAUGUGUCUAUCCUUUCAAUCCUUUCAAUGUGUCUAUUCUUUCAAUGUGUCUAUCCUUUCAAUGUGUCUAUUCUUUCAAUGUGCCUAUUCUUUUAA